GAAACAUUUCCCCAUUUUUAUUUUAUUUGUAUUGUUUACUUAUUUUCGUUUUAUUUCAAAACUAACUGUCUCGGAUAUCUUUCGUCUCGUUUAUGAAACAGAGUAACAGACCCACUAAGGUUUCAGUAUCUUGAAGUGAAGUGAAGCUUUUGGAUUUGUUUGAUUAGAAGGAGCUCAAUUUUAAUUAGGUGCCUUUAAUUUGAUUAGCAUCGUGUCAAUGGGAACUUCGGAGGCUGUUCUGCACGUUUUAUCGGGGGCUGUCCCUCAGUUUUUAAGUAGUGAUAUGUGUUCUAGCAAUUCGGAUUUAGUUUUCUAUUCUAAAUGCCACAUUAAGUCUGUGAAGAAAAAAGGGUCAAGGCGUUUGCCGUCCUUGAAGUGUUCGAGUAUGUCGGGAUGUCAAAUAGGAAGCUAUAGGUGUAAGCGACUAGGUGGUGGUUUGCAUGGGAAUACGGCAAUUGACAGAUUGACACUUCUUAGAUGCAAAUGCCAGCAAGCUGAAAGUGUAAGUGGAGUAGAUACAGGCGAAGGAAAUGGGGCGUGGUUUGUGGAUAAUGCAAAGAAAUUGAAUCUUAAUGGUUCGAUGAACUCGGAAGACAUUCUGGAGUUCAAGACUGUUGAGCAAUUGAAGAGGGAAAAUGAAGUCUCAAUGUUGAAUGGUAAAGUGGGAACAGGCACAAACACCAUUUUCACGGGUGGUGUAGAUUCUGUCGAGGAUGAAGCAUGGGAGUUACUCCGGGCUUCUAUGGUUUACUAUUGUGGAAGUCCUGUUGGAACAAUUGCUGCCAAUGAUCCCACAAGUUCCAAUGUAUUGAAUUACGAUCAAGUCUUUAUUCGUGAUUUCAUACCUUCUGGCAUUGCUUUCCUGUUAAAAGGAGAGUAUGACAUUGUCCGGAAUUUCAUACUUCAUACUCUUCAGUUACAGAGUUGGGAGAAAACAAUGGACUGUCAUAGCCCUGGUCAGGGAUUGAUGCCUGCUAGUUUUAAAGUGCGCACAGUUCCUCUCGAUGGUGAUGAUUCAGCAACGGAGGAGGUAUUGGAUCCCGACUUUGGAGAGGCAGCUAUUGGCCGUGUUGCUCCUGUUGAUUCUGGAUUGUGGUGGAUUAUAUUAUUACGGGCAUAUGGUAAAUGUUCAGAUGACCUUUCAGUUCAGGAGAGAGUUGACGUCCAAACUGGAAUCAAGAUGAUCCUGCGGCUAUGUCUUGCUGAUGGUUUCGAUAUGUUUCCUACAUUAUUGGUUACUGAUGGUUCUUGUAUGAUAGAUCGCCGCAUGGGAAUUCAUGGACACCCUCUGGAAAUUCAGGCACUUUUCUAUUCAGCAUUGUUAUGUGCACGUGAAAUGCUUACUCCGGGGGAUGGAUCAGCUGAUCUUAUUCGAGCAUUGAAUAACCGUCUGGUUGCUCUGUCGUUUCAUAUUCGGGAAUAUUAUUGGAUUGAUAUGAGAAAACUUAAUGAAAUUUACCGUUACAAGACUGAAGAGUAUUCAUAUGAUGCAGUUAAUAAGUUCAACAUUUAUCCCGAUCAAAUCUCUCCUUGGUUGGUGGAAUGGAUGCCUAAUAAAGGAGGCUACCUGAUUGGGAAUUUACAACCAGCACAUAUGGAUUUUCGAUUCUUUUCUCUAGGAAAUUUGUGGGCCGUUGUGAGUGGUCUUGCAACGAUUGAUCAGUCUCAUGCUAUAUUGGAUCUCAUUGAAGCUAAGUGGGCAGAUUUGGUGGCAGAAAUGCCAUUUAAGAUAUGUUACCCGGCUCUUGAAGGUCAGGAGUGGCAGAUCAUAACUGGCUGUGAUCCGAAGAACACGCCUUGGUCUUACCACAAUGCUGGUUCCUGGCCAACUCUACUCUGGCAGCUCACUGUCGCAUGCAUGAAGAUGAAUAGACCGGAACUUGCUGCAAAAGCUGUUUCAGUUGCUGAGAAACGCAUAUCCAAGGACAAAUGGCCCGAGUACUAUGAUACUAAAAAGGCAAGGUUCAUUGGAAAACAAUCGCGACUGUUCCAAACCUGGUCUAUUGCAGGAUUUCUUGUGGCAAAACUUCUACUUGCAGACCCAAAUGCAGCGAAAAUUUUGACAACCGAAGAGGAUACUGAGCUUGUCAAUGCCUUCUCCUGCAUGAUCAGUGCCAACCCGAGAAGAAAACGUGGUCCCAAGAGAUCGAAACAGACAUACAUCGUGUGAGGUAACUAAAUCGUGUGCAUAACUGAUUUAUGGUUACAUUUUAUCAUCUCUAACGGCCAUAAUUUGGAAUUGGCUAUUAAAGUUUGAAAUGAAUAUCAUUUACCUUUUAUUUAUUCAAAUAGGUACAACUACUGGAUUUGCAUAUCGUAAUACUUAUGUAAAGAUUGUUCCUCUGACUUAGGUUAAUAGGUAGUACUUGAUUGUAUUGUAAUACUCCUACGAAUGAUCGGAACUGUUCAUUUGUAAAACCGUUGCAUACAUAUAUAGUGAAUUUCUUUAAAA